CAUAAAAACUAGCAGACGUUAGUGCAACUUUUCUCGCCGUACCGCAUUAUUUACCUUUUUUACUUGUCUACUCACACACACAUACAGCUAGUCAGCUAUGGCACUAAUACGAAGCAACUUCUUUACAAAUCGAAUUUUAUUUCGUUCAGUUGUAUGGUUGCAGUCUCGAGGAAAACGUGACGAUGUUCCUGAGGUAAACACUGUAUCAGAAUUCCAUGCUUCAAGCAAACAAGAAGAAAAAGGCAAAGUUUAUGACAAACAACCAUUUAAAUUUAUGUGUGAGAAGGGUAAAUCUUACAUGUGGUGUGCUUGUGGUCAUAGUAAAACACAGCCCUUUUGUGAUGGGACACACAGGAGCCCAUUUCUUAAGAUCAAAUUAAGGCCAGUUAGGUUCGUCCCUGAAGAAACUAAAGAGUAUUGGUUUUGCAAUUGCAAGCAAACCAAUAGUCGUCCAUUUUGUGAUGGAUCUCACAGAAAUGAAUGAUAAUUUUUUUAUUGAUAGAUGAGUUUACUUUUUUCUGUUGCCCAUCCUACAGCUUAUGAAUGCUAGAUAAAAAUACAGUUGGUAUAGAACAUUGAA